UCUCUCUCUCCCUCGUCCAUUAGAAAUACAAUAAUAAAGGAAGGUGAAGAGGACAUAGACAGAUAUGGUGGGGAUGCACACGUGUUAGAAGCCCAGCAGCACACUGUGAGCCUGAGGACAGUGCUGGCCUUGUUGGGCGCCCCUGGUUUGGUUUAUAUGGAAACGGCCACCCAAGCGCCGAAACAAAGGGUUUGGACGAGUCUCUUCUAGUCUCUUACAGAAGAAACGCCCACUGAACAGUAAGCAUAUAUACAUCCUCAGUCUUCCACUUCAACAUACACUUGUCAUAGUGCAUAUAAAUACACAGAGAAAAGAGGGCUGUUGUCAAAGUACUUUUGAGGACUCAAAAACUUGACCUUUGAGGUGGCAGAAAUAGAAAAAGAGAGAAAUAAGACGAGAAGGGAGAUGAUACUGGUGGCGAUAGUGGCGGAGAUGAUGGAGGAGUACACGGUGCUGUUGGCGAGGGUGCUGGAGCAUCUUUUCCAUUCCGUGCCUUUCCCAAGGCGGGUUCGUUUUCUCAUCCUCCACAGUCUUCCUUACUCUACCGCACAUCCUGUCCCCGCCUAAUUCCCCCCCUAAAAAAAAACCCACCCUUCUUCAUUUUAUUUUUCCUGUUCUUCUUAUAGUUUUAACGCUUGGUAGCUGAGUUGCGGGGAUUCUGAAUUUUUGUACACAUGAUUUUGAACCUUUUUUUUGUUCUGUAGUUCUGUUUAGUUGUUAUUACUCAUGGUGUUCUUGGGCAUCAAGUUCCAUUUUAUGAAUUUCUUGUACUUUUUUCUUUCU